GCAAUGGCCGAACCAAAAAACACCCGAAAAGAUGCUGUCUGCCAAGCCGCCGGUAUUUCAUCAAAAUAGCCAUAGUCCAAACGCCUCGCUGCAGCUGCCCAGUCCCAUCAUCACGCGUCGCACACGCACGGCCUCGACUUCGGCUCGCGCCAUGGAAAACCCAAUGGUGACUGGUAUUGUGAAAUCCUUUAGCCGCACCAAAGGACACGGUUUUAUUACGCCCAAUGGUGGCGGCGAGGAUGUUUUCUGUCACGUUUCCGACAUCGAAGGGGAAUAUGUACCCAUGCCUGGCGACGAGGUCAAGUAUCGACUCUGCGCCAUUCCGCCCAAGUUUGAGAAGCAUCAGGCCGUGCACGUGCAGAUAAGCAAUCUGACGCCUGAGGUGCACCACAAGUGGGAAGAGCCCGUCUUCUGUGGCUCGCCCGCCAAAUAGAAGUGUAGCCAUUACUACCAAUGGCCUUCCACACAAGUUUUUUUUAAUUAACUGGAGCACGCCAUGCGGCUAAACAAACAAAGCAGCAAAAAAAAAACGAUGAGCAGUAGUUGGUGGAGAUGAUUGCGAUGACGACGACGACGAUCAAAACAAUACAAUAAGAGUUAAUGAAAUGAAAGCAUACAAAACGACUUUAUCAAUCGUACGCCACUCACACAGCCAGCCAGUUUCAAUUAAAUAUCUUUUUUUAUUACUUUAAGCUAAGCAAAAAAAUCAACUCAGUCACAAAAUGUGUUACACUUACUUUUUUAAAAAAAGAAAAAAAUAAUGAAUCGUUGAAGAAGCGAAACCAGUUUGGUGAAUUUAUGAAAUUGUAAUAAUGAUAAUUGAAUAAUUGUUAUUCGAGAACAGCCGUUUCGUGUUUUUUUGAGUUCGGAGCCUGUAACAGUAUACGUAUACUUAAUAAUACUUAAUAUUCGAUUGUAAACAAAAUAUGAAAUAUGCAUGAGCAAAAAGCAAAGCAAAAGCCCGAAGCCCACUUUAUUUACUAAUGAAAUAUAAAAAUCUCAAUAGA